UGCGCUCACGCCUACAACCCAUACCCACAACCUUCGCACGCUCCCACUUGUAUGUACAUACUCCCUCGAGUCCGGCUUACCGUGUCAGAUGGCAUCGAUUCGCUUGCCGUGAGCCGAGAGUGCGCGUGAGAGAGUGAGGCCGUUCCUUCCCUCGUCCACUCCUUGCAUUGGCGCAUAGCUCCAUCUGCUGUUGCCCUGGCCAUCUGCGCUGUCGAGUCCCGGCCUUUCUCUGCCUGUCAUUCUCGACUACGGUGCAUCAUUUUGUAACAUACGCCCCGUGCCCACUUUGCAGCACCCAAUCGACCUAUCCUUUUUGUUUGUUGGGUCCUGGCCCUGCCACGCUUUCUUCCGCCUGCCGCUCCAUUCAUCCCCUUGCAUUUCGGGCUUCGAGGUGCUGGACGGACCGAACAGACAGCCAGACCGACAGACCGACAGACCGACAGACACGCCUUGUCGAUCCCACUCCUUCGUGGUCGAAAUACUGCGUGGGCCUUCACAUGCAAGGCUGUCAACACAGACAACUUCCUUUCGUCCUGUGCUGCCGUGGCUUCCAUUGCUCUGCCGUCCCGUUAUGACAGCAUGUGGUUCUUCUAGAAGAUGGCCCCUGCGAAACCGUCAACCGACGAGGCCAGCAAAGACAAGGACAAACAGCCCUAUACUCCGCGCCGCGCCUCGGCCGCCAGGAAUCCGUCCCCUGGCACAAAACGAUCCGGAAAUAAUGGCGUCGCUACACCUCCAAACCGCAGAAACUCCAACCAGACCCCUAAGAGUGCUCCUGCUGCGACCGGGGCUGGGGGAGUCCGGAAGCCUCCUGUCAAGAAACCCGUCGAGCCAACUCUGCUGGGUGACUUCCUACUCGGCCGCCCUUCGGCCGCCCGUGUCGCUGCUGCGAAGCGCAAGAGCCUCGAUGCCGCCGCCGUGAGGGCCGAGCUGCACCAACAGAUGCGCCAGGAUGCCGUUCGCCGCGUACAACAGCCUGGCAAGGUUCAGGCCCGGGUCAAGGCCUGGCAGAAGGCCAACGCUGCCGCCAUGGUGCAAGGAAACCCCGAUGAGGCUGCCAGUGAGCCGACCGAGGUUGCUAUACAUGUCGAUGCCGACAGCGUGACCGAGGAAGACCGUGUCCGAAUCAAAUCCCGACAAAAGCCCCGGCGGAAGUCCGCAACCUCGCCCAAGGGUUCCCCUCUUGCCAAGGUCGAGAAUAGGAAAGAGACGCCUGCAGAGCCGAAAGAAAUGGCGAAAUCCAAGGAGGCAAUACAGGAUGAUCCACGCAUCAAAGGUCCCCCGAAGAAGAGAAUAGUUAGCGAUGAGCACUGGAUGAAAAGGAACAGCGGUAACAACAUUCCCAAAGCUGCUGCAGCUGGUACCAAACCGGGGGCCACGGUGGGUCUGAGCCCCAGCCCGAUCCCCAAGGACUUCCUGCAGAAGACCGCCGCACCGGCAAAUAAGCAGGAUAAAAUCAAAGCCUGGGCAAGCAGAGUGGAGAUACCAGCUUCUCCAGAGCCUCCCGAGAUUCCCAAGGUUGAGAUUCCGAAGGCCUCUAAGCCCACGCAACGAUACAACACUAGAUGUGGAGAGACGAUAACGGUCGAGGAAGCUGCUAGCGGGGUGUCAAGCACUGUCAAGACCCAGAGUAGUAAGGCAGAAGAUGACGGAAUCAGAAUCAAACCAGUGCGUACGGCCAGUCCCAGGUCUGCUGGCGACGACGGGAUCCGAGUUAGGCCGAUCAAGACGGCCCCGCCAUUACCGGAUGACGGGAUCAGAGUGCGCCCUAUCGAGUCAGAUGCUGCGCCUGCUCAUGCAGCUUCUUCAAGAACAGCGUCCAAGGAGAAGAGGGCCAGGGUCCCUAGCACGAGACGGGAUCGGUCGCCAUCUACAAGGAUCGAAGUUAUUGAAGAGCCUGAAACAGACAUCGAGACAACUCCUACGAGGAAGUCAAAGUCCCGAGUGCCGCCCAGAAGGAUGCGUAGUGCUUCGGGUCCCACUCUGACCAUGACAGAAACGGCCACCACACAGACUGGGAGCUUAUCCGAGGAUGACCGGUCGUGGACGAGCGAGGAUUCAGCGUCGCAAGACGAGUCUGACAGACCAUCAAGUGCUCCCGCAAAGUCUCUCGCGGAAGUGCCAUUCGGCUACUCAGCUUUCAGCGAGCUUGACUUGCCGGUAGGGGCGGAUCACCACCACAUCAGGCGACCGAAGGCGCAAAGGACCUCGAGUUUCAAGGCUGUGCCCAAAGCCUUCAAGAAGAUUGUAACUGGAGCGAAGGAGAUCGUACAUGAGCGGGUCGACCCACCUAAGCCGGUCACAAACCAGCCACCGAGCAUCGAAAGCUGGCUGAAUGGGACAGUUGACCCGUUUGUUGACAAGUCUGCUCCUCGGACAACGCCCGCCGAGAAACCGGCCGAGAAACCUGCACGAAGGAAAGCAUCGAAAGAGCUGCCGGCAAAGAAAGAAGCCGUUACAGCCGCCGCGCCACAGCAAGACCCAGAGGAUUCGAGCCGGCUCGACGAUGACGAUCAAACGGAGGUCCCAGAGAAGCCCACAGAGCCACGUUUUAGUCCUUCGGCAGGGCUGAAGAGGAGCAAGGCUACUAGAGCUGGUUCUUCUCCUUUGAAGCCAAGCCCUAUCAAGAGGCCUUUGCGCGAGACUUUGAAUAACCUCUUCAGGGGAGAGUCCAGUGGGCACAAACUACCCCCCAAGGCUUAUUCCAGCUACCAGGACAUGGGCCCUGAAUCGGAACUCAGCUAUAUGGAUGAGGUCGACGGCGACAACGCGCACACGGAACAAGAUACUCACCAGUACUCCGCUGAAGAUCGAAGGCGUUCCCCGUCGCCAGAAUCAUCGUUCGUCUCCACUGAUGUUAGCAGCAAUACCGAGGGCCCAUACAUGACACCUGCUAUUCCACGGCGCAAACCGCCACCAACAAGUGGACUGCAUGAGCUAUCAACUAUCGCAUCAGAGGAGUCAGCGAGCACAGUUGGGUCUGAGACCAUGUCGAUGCUGUCCGAGACCACCGUAACACAGACCACAGGACUUACUAGGUCCACUGGCAACUCGCGGAGAAGCAAAGGCUCCGGAUUAAAACGCCGUCUCACCAAGCACUCAGACCUGGUCUCGGUCCUGUCUCUGCCGGAGGACGACGGUGCUCCGAUACGCAACAGAAGCAUCAGAUCAACGAGCAGUCUCAGGAGGCGGACAAGCAGGCUGGGAAAGGGCACCGUGGAUGAUCUCCUGAGAGAGUUUGCGGUCGAUGAGGACUUCUAUCAACGGGAAUUGAAGACUCUGGUAGAUGGCGCUAUCCCGGUCCUCCUGAACCAAGUAGUGCAGGGGCGACAAGACUACGCAAAUGAUCUUUUCGGCCCUUCAAUAGACGGGCAGGCGGACUCUAUGGGGAAGACAGUGGUCAACAUGGGUAUUGCCCUAGAGAAACUCAGGAACCUGCACAAAUGGGCCCCUUUACACGAUGUCAACAAAAUACUCAGCUGGCUCCUGACCGCUUACCCUGUCUACGACAAGUAUCUGGACGUAUGGCGUCUCGGAUUUGAGGGUAUUGUUGUGAAUCUUGCGCCAGCACCAGGGAGAGCCGAUGACGAAGACUCCUUGGUCAAUGCUAUGCCUCGCAACGAGGACGGAGAUGUUGUAGACACCAAAGGACAGCCUGUCGAUCUUCAACAUCUCCUGACCAGACCGGUUACUCGGAUCAGAGGCCUCUUGAAGCUCCUCAAGAACGCAGAAGCUUUUGGCUCCCAACACCCAGACCUUCCAGCGGUGAUGGAUGACUUCUCAGCGCUCCAAGAAAAAGCACGAAGACGGCACCGUGAAGAGGUUGCUCGCAAGACGGACGAGGAUGCAAACAAUACCGACACGAGCCGAUGUUGUGACCUGCGGACAUUGAACGUUAUGGACCGCAUUCUCAUUGAUCCCAGCAGGCAAGUCAACGCCAAAGACUACUUCUCGUUGGAGCUUGCCCAUUCUACCGGGCAGAGACUUGAGUGCCGGGUCGAAUUGAUCUACCGAGACAAGCCAAAGGAUCCCCUUGACCGGGGCGACAUCCUUAUACGAGAUAUUGGCCACGCAAAAUGCUGCCUUAUGUUCCCUCCCAUACCAAAGACCGCGAUUUCAGCUCGCCGGGGUGAGGAGCCGGGCGCCCUUGUCGUGAUGGUCCGUGGCAGACACAAUGGAAAGGAGUGGUACGAAGUGUUCACGCUCUUCACCGACCUCGAAGACCAGGUCUUAGACUGGCUUGAGAUACUUGGCACAAACCCAUUGCCACCAGCUCCAGAUCGUCAUCUAAUUGAAGAGAACACCCAGAUCAGUUCGUCCAGGUCAGAUGUUUCUGUUCCCCUGGGCGAGCGAACAAGCACAGGCACGUCCAAGCGGCGCAGGUCCCAUGAUCCUCGCUUGACCGCAUCGCAGACUUCCAACGAGGUCGAGGAUCGACCAAAGAACAAAACACCGAGUCGCUAUCACUCACGGCAUGCAAGCUCCCCUGUGACUCCCACCACUACGACAUCGGCAACAUCGAAUCCUUUGGGCAGCGAGUCCCCGGAGAGGACCCCCACGCAAAAUUCUUCUCAUGCAACGGCGCGUCCCAAUUCCCUACCAACGACGCCGUUGCGGGAGGACAUGCGACCAGAGCCUAGGAGACUUACCAAAUCGCCCCCGAACAACAAGCCAUUCCGUGAAGACGGGGCUCCUCCGCCUCCGGUACACCGGACUUUCUCUUCUGAGAAGUCCCCAUCACUUGGUCCUCCAGUGGAUCUCAACCCCCCUCCGGCAUCGAGAGUCAGGCGCCGGGGAUCAUCGCCCCUAAAACACGAAUAUCGUCCAUCUGACGUCUCAUCUGAUUCGUCAGAGACUGAGAGCGACUCGGCUUCAGAAGUCGAAUCCUCCGGUGAUGAACUCGAUGAGGUGGACGUGCCAGACACCCAACCAGCCAUCAGUAUCAAGCAGGAAUCAGAGAUCACAGGCGCUGAGACCGUCGUCUCUGACAAUAGCAUUGCCCCUUCGCAGUCGGCUUCUCAGGUUGGUCUGUACGGGCGGCUGGGCCCAGGAGGUGCCAAGGAUCCCGAGUACAUUGUCAAGGCCAUCGCGACCAUCUCGUAUUGGUCCAACAAGAAGGGGCAGUGGACAGAAGCCCUAGCUGAGCCGUGCUCCAUCAACAUUACUCCAGGCCUCAUUGAGGCUUACCCACUUGCUUCGCACUCUAUUUCUGCUCCAGGAGCAUUAAACUCCUCGGGCUCAUCCGAGCUUAACGAAUCCGACCCUGCGCGCACGCAGCCCUUGAUUGCGCUUGAGCUCACGCCAAUCGUGAUGAUCCGCCAGAGCACGGCCCUUGACCUUGAGAUUCGCUCACCUGUCCGGCCAUACUGCAAACUCUCACAGAUCGACGCCAAGAUCUUCCGUUUCCGCGCACUCUCAGGAAACGAGGGAACUGAUCUUUACCAGGCUGUCCAUAAAGCCCGCCUCAACAACGCGAAAUACAGGGCUUUGGAGGAAGAGUCCCGAUUCCGUAACUUCGGGCAACCUCAGACAGCCCCACAAGGCCCGGAGUCGCAGUCCAGCAGCAGUAACCGACGUGGCUUGUUUGGUAGAAAGAACAGCUACCGUGCUUCGACCAGGGCUCCGUCUCAGUCCUUGUCUCAAUCCCAGGGCACGUCAUCCAGCAUCUCGGCGCCGUCCUUGCUCAAGCGUUUGACUGGCACCGGCAAUCUCUCCUUCAACAUUAACAAAUCAUAUGUAGACCGUCACAGCCGUCCCAACUCUGCGAUGGGUGGAGCGGGCUCCUUGUAUACGAGCAGCUCCUCUUCAGCUGAUGGCAUGUCAACCCCACGAUCCCCGUCAGUGUCGCUGGCGGAAACAGGCCGGACCCAAGUUUUGGGUAGCGACAACCUCAGAAUCCGUUGCCACCUGCUUGUCACCUCAUCGAAAUGGGAGGACCACGGCAACUGCAACCUACAGAUCACGCGGCCCCCUCCUGGGAUGCGGCAGGAACUGAGAAUCAAGCACGGCAUGGAAAAGCGUGUGAUCGUGACCAAGAUUCCUAAGAAGACAUUUGGUUUCGGAUCAUCCAACCCAGACAAAGACAAGCCCAUGAUCGUGCUGGACGUCGUGCUUGGGUCAAAGUGCUUCAGCCGGUUGGGAAGUCGAGGCAUCAUCCUCAACGUGUGGGAGGAGGUGCGUGAUGAGGAAAACAACAUCGGCCUUGCGCCCAAGACAGGUGGCCUGUCAGGAAAGGUCACCAAAUGGUGCUUCCAGUGCAGCAGCGCCAUGGAGGCGAACUGGAUUUUCGGGUUGGUGGCUCAGGAGGUCAACAUCGGCCUCGGCGAACCUCUGCUGCCGGGGGGCUCUAUGUGGUGACCGACACACGCCUCACGAUGCGCGGAUUCCACCUUUUCUUUACUUCCCAUAUGUUAUUUGCUGCUUGUGUCUGUUUCAACGGUCCCCGAAUCGGCAUUGCGAGGUGUUUAAAGGAUGUUAUGCAUGGCUAUGCAUUGUUAUGUUCCUCGGUUCCUUGGUCACGAGGACAGUGCUGUUUCAAGACAGACAGCCGGGCCGAAAAAUACCCUCUACGCUCAUCCCCUCUUUCUUUGCAUUAAUACAAGGCUAGACGGAUGGCCGGCCGUCUUUUACGGGCGUCCUACAUUGGGUUGGGAGACAUAGAAGGACAGCCAGCCGGUAGGAUGGUGGCUUUGGUCGGCUGGCAGGGAGGGCGAGGGCCUUCCCUGAUAGAAAGUCAUGGGAUCGGGAUCGGGACGCCUCAAUGCGUAUUUCUUUUUUUGUCCAAGAUAUGAUAUCCCCUUUCAUUGUUCAUGAGGACAGAGAAGCGUUAGCGAGCAUAUACACGAAGCAAGCGUACGCCGGUUCAGCGGGGAGUAGGCGGAUGUGGUGAUGUAUUGAUAUUUUGUUUCUAGCGGGCGACUUCCUGUUCUUCAGAAGAAUAUCGAGUAAUAGUUACAACGCU